GUGCGGGUGGAGCUUUGGGUGGCUAUGGUGGAGCAGCCAGCAGCACAAGCGGUCCCAAAGGAUUCGUGGAGCGAAUUUCCAAGGGCGAUGUCCUUCCCGGACCGGAGGCUGCAGAUCGCCUUGCAUCUCAAUGUGCCUCCGCCCAGGUGUCGGGAUCACAACUGUCGGAGAUGCUUUGCGACAGAGUCCGACGUCUGUACUUGGGCCUCGACGGCGGGGCGUCAGCGGACCAGGGGCUCCUUCGGCUCCUCCAGCUUACGGAUGCCAUGAAGACGCAGGGCAGUCCGAUGAUGAUCGAGGCCGUGAAGCAGGUCAAGGACAAUGUCAGCGAGGAGUUCUUGUCUCUGAAAUCCAACGUGAAGUGCCAGGCCGUGGCCACCCCGCUGCUUGUGCGGCUGGGUCUUGGGGGCCCUGCGGACUUGCCCGACCUCCUCGGUGAGGCCCCAAGCAGUGCCGGAGGUGCUGCAACUGGCGUCGACCUUCUCGGAGUUGAUGCUCCGGUUGCGGCCAAGACCGAGAACCUCCUGGACUUCUGA